AUGUCCGAUGAAGAGAUAGAUGAUUUGUUUGGGGAAGAAACUACCGAAAAGAUAGUUGAUUUGUCGUUACCGCGCCAUGCAGUUGUGCUGGUUAUGGAAAAGGAUGUGAGGUUAUUGAAGACACCAGACUUUUUAAACAUCGAAGCACACCCAUUUGACCCUUCGAGUUUCAAAGAACAGAUAGAAAGCAAUAAUAAAGUACGACGUGAGAGGGGGUUGACUGCUAAGGAAAUCCACAACGAGCAGAUGACAGAGAAGUUGUUGAACGAAAACACGAUCAGAUGGAGGUACCAUAAUGCGGGCAAUGACGAGAUUGUCAAGCAGUCUAAUGCCCAUUUUGUGGAAUGGAGUGAUGGAUCGGUAUCGUUAAAAGUGGGUAAUGAAGUGUAUGAUGUGAGGGAAUUGCCCAUGUUUGAUCAUUUAUUGGUGAAGAGCCACCAAGCAGCUGAAGUUUUGCAAGCCGACUCGAUACUUUCCAAGUCGAUUAAUCUUUUGCCGGCAUCGUCGAGUCAUAGAAAGAUUCUUGUUAAGAAUAUCACCAAGAAAGAAAAGAUCUUGAAUACCAUUACCGAUGUUGAUCCGUUGGAGAAGCAGCGACUUGCAGACGAAGAUGUGCGUAAGGCCAUGAAGAUGAAACGACAAAUGGAGUCGAGAAGAAGAUUACAGGAAGAGAAGUGGGAGAGAAGCGGUAGUCCUAGAGCACAAGAAAGUUCAUAUGAAAGGUUUGAACGAACCUAUGAGGGUGAGGGGUAUGAUGAGAAUGAUGAUUUUGUUGCUGGCGAUGAAGAAGAGAUUGAAGAGUAUGAGGAGGAAGAGGAGUUUGAGCGCGGAGCAGAGAGGCUAACCCAACUCAAAGAAGAAGGUGCUGCCAAGUACCGAAGACACUCUGAAGACGAGGAUGAGGAUGAGAAAACCCGGAAAAGAAGAAGAAUUAUUGAUUCUGAUGAAGAGUGA